GCAAUCUACAUGAUUGGUGUCCUAUGGACACAGCUGAUCACGUGAUGUGGUAAAAGGCCAAUCACAGCAACCUUUUACCACGUGAUCAGCUGUGUCCAAUGACACAGCAGAUCACCGCGUGAGGAAAGUACUACCGAUAACCGGCAAUUGUCAGAGGACAGAUCGUCACCAAUCAGUGCCCUGAUGAUCAGUGCCCAGCAGUGCCGCCCACCUGUGCCACCCACCUGUGCCCAGCAGUGCCACCCACAAGUGCCCAGCAGUGCCGCCUACAAUUGCUCAGCAGUGUCACCCACCAGUGCCCAUCAGUGCCACCCAUCAGUGCUCAGCAUUGCCGCCAGUCAGUGCUCAUCAGUGCCACCCACCAGUGCCCAUCAGUGUUACCCACAAGUGCUCAGCAGUGCCGCCUACAAGUGCACAGCAGUG